ACCUUGUGCCUGGCCUGUCAAAGGAUCAACAGGGCCAGGCCAACCAUGUCGCUGGUGCAGUAUUCUGACUCUGAUUCUGGCGCCGACGACGCGGCCGUUGCAGCCCAGAAACCCAAGCCGCAGAAAUCCAAGCCGGCGCUGAAGCGCAAGCGCAGCCCGUCCCGUGAUACUGACCUUCCGCCGUUGCCGGCUGCAUUCCACGACCUCUACUCGACAAAUGCGCGCGUCAGCACAAGCGACAACCCCAACCUCCACGGCGGCCGUAAGCGGGCUGUCCCUCACGUGGAAGGUAAUUGGCCAAGCCAUGUUUAUCUCGAGUGGGUCCCUUCACAGGCCGAGUCUGAUGGUCUCCACAGCCUGAUACAAACCAUCACGGCCUCCAUCACGGCUGAGAACAAGAAGCGGUCCAAACCCCUUCCCGUGCCUGACAUCAUACCGUCGCUGCAGUCCGAUCUUGGCGCGCCUCUACCAUUGCAUGUUUCGCUCUCGCGCACGCUGCAAAUCAAGACUGAGGACCGCGACGGGUUUCUUGCAGCCCUCGACGCCUCGCUGCGGCGCGCCGCAGUCCCCGCCUUCAGCCCGUCCUUCAGCGGUUUAAAGUGGGUGCCGAACUUCGAGCGCAACCGCUGGUUCCUCAUUCUCGGUAUCGCUAAGCCGCCGCACGACGAGCUGAACCGCCUGCUCGCCGCGUGCAAUGCCGCAGCGCAGCAGUCUGGGUUUGCGGCGCUGUACGCUGGCGGUCAGGGGGACGGGCCGAUGGCGCCCAAUCCCAACUCGCCCACUGCACGUUCACAUGAAGCAAGCACUGAUCGCUCGGAGAAUUUCCAUGUCAGCGUCGCGUGGAACCUGUCCGAGCCUGAGGCGGCGUGGGUGGACUUGGUCGCGGGGUUGAGCGUAGACAGUGUAAGUUCCCCGGACGCGUCGUUUGAUGUGGUGAAGGCGCGCGUCGGGAACGUCGUGCACAACUUCGAUCUCUCGACUAGGAAGACGAGUCUAGGCAAACCCGGCGCCGGGGCGCGGCGAGCGUCGCUGGGCCUGGGGUAGGGCUGUGCAGCUCGUUGACGUGGACAUCCUGGUCCGGGAUCCCUGAGGUUAAUGCUUGGGCAGCGAAGUCAGGCAGGUCUGGAUCAAGUCGUUUUCGCGACCGAGAUGAAGCUCUGCCUCGAUUGGGUUUGUCUUGAGUAUUGU